AUGCUUAAACAAUUCUUUCAAUUCCUAUUGGUCUUAUGUGGAGCGUUAGCACUUGCGAGCGCUGGCAGAUAUGAUGGUUAUAAGGUUUAUGAAAUCAAAGCGAAAAACCUCGCUGGAAGGAAAGCACUUCGCGCACUAGCCAGUGAAGUCAGCGACAAAUAUGAAUUCCUUACACUAGGUCGCAACUUCAACGGAAGCGCAAGCGUACUUGUUUCACCAGAAAAUGAAGCGGCGCUUAAAGCUGUACUUGAAAAGCAACAAAUAUCACACACAUUACAAAACUCAAAUUUCGGACGCACUCUCCAAGAUGAAGUGCUGCAGCAUCGCAUGCUCCACCAAUCAAAACCAUAUGCCGCCGGCACUGGCCGUCUUGGCACCGAACGUUACCACACGCACAGCGAAAUCAAUGCCUAUUUAGACGAUUUGGCAGCACGCUAUCCAUCGCGUGUUUACGUCAAAAUUGUUGGUAAAUCAUACGAAGGGCGACUGUUGAAGACCAUAACCAUUACGAAUGGUGAUGGACGCGCCGGUAAAAAUGUAAUUUUCAUUGAUGGUGGUUUUCAUGCAAACGAAUGGAUAUCUCCGGCCACGGUCGUUUUUUCAAUAGGCGAAUUGGUUGAAAAUUUCGAAGAGCAUGCUGAGCUUUUAAACGAUUACGAUUGGAUCGUAUUGCCGGUGGUGAAUCCCGAUGGUUAUGAGUACACGCAGUUGUCGAGUGAGACAAGACUUUGGCGUAAGACACGCCAACCUGUCACCUUAAGCAAUGGCACCGUGUGCUAUGGCACCGAUCCGAAUCGCAACUUUGAUUUUCAUUGGUUAGAAAAGGGUGCAUCAUCGGAUCCCUGCUCAAAUUUCUACGCUGGGCCGCGACCAUUUUCAGAGCCCGAAACGGUGGUAGUGCGUGAUAUCCUGCAUACGCUACGUGGUCGCGGUAUUCUAUACUUGUCUUUGCACUCGUAUGGCAGCGCCUUCUACUAUCCAUGGGGUUGGGGGCCUGUAUUGCCAGACACUUGGGAGGACUUGCAUGAAGUGGGUGUAGUAGGUGCGGAAGCUAUACACGCAUACAACGGCACCGAGUACGAAGUGGGUUCUUCGACAGCGCUCUAUGGUGAAGCAUGUGGUGCAAGCGAUGACUAUGCCUUCAAUGAUGGCUUUGCAUUGACCUACACAAUGGAAUUGCCUUUUGCUGGUAGUAGCGGUUUUGAGCCGCCAGCAUCCGAUAUUGAUCGCUUGGUGAGGGAAACCUGGGCAGGCAUUCGUGCUGUGGGUAAAAGAGUGACGGUGAAGUAUCCGCUGGGACGAAAGCGUGGACGUUAA